AGAGGCAGUAGACAUUACGGUCACAGACAUAACCAAAGGUCUCAGUCUCUAAACCGCGGUCAAGCACUUUCUCAAGCAGACGUUAGCGGUAUGUGGUGACAGCGGGGAGCCUCAGGAGGUCAGGCUGGAUGUGCUAGCUGCGCCAUGGGAAAUAAAUUGAGUUGUUCAUGUGCGCCGCUUAUGCGCAAAGCUUACCGAUACGAGGAUUCUCCAUGGCAGACUUCUCGUCGACGGGACGGCCAUCUCCUGAGUUCAUUCAGGUUGUGGGCUGAGGUAUUCCAUGUAUCUGCAAGCGGUGCUGGUACCGUUAAAUGGCAACAAGUAUCUGAAGAUUUGGUUCCUGUUAAUAUUACCUGUAUACAAGAUUCACCGGAAUGUGUAUUUCAUAUAACAGCAUAUAAUAGUCAGGUUGAUAAAAUACUUGAUGUUCGACUUGUCCAACCCGGUACACGUAUUGGACAAGCUUCGGAAUGUUUUGUAUAUUGGAAAGAUCCAAUGACAAAUGAUACAUGGGGAUUAAAUUUUACAUCCCCAAUUGAUGCAAAACAAUUUAGAGAAUGUUGUUCGCCUUCUUUCAAAUUUUCACGAAAGGCCUCAUCAAGUUAUUCAUUGAAAUUGGAUCCACCUGGUAAAGGUAAAAUAAAAGCAAAAAGAAAGCCACUUAGUACACCGGCUAGCCCAUCAAGAGCACGUGAACCACAAUGCACAUGUAUGACAGCUGAACAAUACGCACGGCUAAGGGCACAGGAUCCACGUUACAGAGGUUCUUCAACAUUACCAAGGACAACAAGUAGAGCUACAGAUACAGAUGGACAAAAAGUAGCAACAGCUACAUCCAGCACAUCAUUAUAUGAUAAUGUUGCUGGUAGUACUCAGCCAAUGCAAUCAACUGGACAAGGAGAUACACUAUCACGGCAAACGAAAUCUCAAGAAACAAAUACAAUGACAGCAACAUCACAAAUAAGCGGUGUUGGAGCACAAAAUCAUGUUGGAUCACAAAUUGGUCAAGAUGAAAUGGCAAAUCAAAUACGGUCUGAAGAAACUUCAAAAUCUGAAGCUGUACAAGCAGGUGGUACACUUCAACAAACACAAAUAUCAACAACGAAAACAACUGGAACUGGUACACGCACAAAAGAUUACAACGAUGAAAUGACACGCGAUAUUCAUGACAUGCAUCACAAUAUAAUUAAUAAUAAUACAAGACGUAAAACAAAAAGUACCGAAAAUAUGGCAAUUGAUGGCAGUGGUAUUAAUAUAAUGACAAGCGGUGGUACUAUGAAACGUGUAUUAAAAGCAAUGCCAAGCGCUGAAAGUCCAGUAACAUCACCAGAAAUGGGUAGACGUCGUUAUAAUUAUUAUAAUGCUAAUUCAAAUACUGGAAAUAAUAUAAAUAAUAUACAAGGUACACCAUAUUUACAUGCACAUGGUGUACAUCAUAUUAUGAAUAAUAAUAAUACAUUAGGAAGGUCAUCAAAUCAAACAUCAAGAUUUUCAGGAUCAAGAUCUUCACAUGAAAUUGGUAGAGGAUAUCCACAACAACGUAAUUUAUAUUUGGAAUUAGAACGUGAACGUGGUUGUAUUGAAGGAUCACCACCAUCUGAUAAUGUAAUGUUUGAUAAUCAAUGUUAUGCAACAACACCAAGCUCAAGUAAUGGUAAUUCUGAUCAGGAUCAAUCAUAUGGACAAAAAGGUAGUGGUGGCGGUGGUCCCGGUGUAGGAAGUGGUGGUACAGGUGGUGGUGGUGGUGGUUCUGGUCCUGGUGGUGGAGGAGGUGGUAGUGGUGGACGUCAUUCACAUUCACAUCAUGGUAAUCAACCGAAUGUAACACCAACACCUGGUAGUCCAACAUCAAGACUAUUAUUGGAAUAUGAAAUGCAUUUACGUAAUACAUUAGCUAAAGGAAUGGAUGCUGAAUCAUACAGUUUACAUACAUUUGAAGCUUUAUUAUCACAAAGCAUGGAAAAUUUAGAAUUAGCUGAAAGCUUGCCAGGAUCAACUCAACGUAGUCCCUAUCCAAUGCGAAGACCUAAUAAAUCAUCAACAUUACCAUUACCACCACAUCGACCAAUAGCUGGACGUGAUAGAGAUCGUGAUCGUGAUGGUUAUUAUAGUGAUCGUAAUGAAUUAAGUCGUGAACGUGAACGUGAAAGAGAACGUGAUCGUGGCUAUUUAAGUGAUCACAAUUCAAGUUUUACAAAUUCACGUUGUGCAUCAUGUAUUGGUGAAUCAGCUCGUGCUCAAUGGUUCCGUCAUUCAGAUGGUUGGCGUUCUGGUAGUUCAACACUUGGUUCCGGUUCUGGUCAAGGUUUAGUACCAUCACAAUCAUCAAAUACUGGUGGGGGUGGUGGUGGUGGUGGUCAUAAACGUUCACCAUGGGAUUCAUUACCAUCAUUAAGACAAGAUAGUAGCUUAAAUGAUUCUGGUUAUAAAAGUGCUCGUGCUGAUUCCCUUGAACAAAGGGCUGAAUUUGUUCGUCAAGAUAGUUUACGUUCAGAUUAUUUGAGUGAUCGUGAAACACGUUAUGGUAUUGUUCAGCAAGCAUCAAUUGAUAGCACUGAUUCAAGAUUAUGCUAUUUAACAUCAUCAGAGAUUUCUGUUUAAAAAUUACCAACUUUCUUCAAUCACACUUUUUUGAUGUUGCGAUGUCUCUAAAAUUUUAAUAUUAACAACGGCGAUUACACCUCUACAAUAACAAUAAUAAUAAUAAUAAUAAUAUCAAAAAAUUUUUAUUUCUUUUUCAAAAUUCAUUUUUAAAAAAAAUUUUUUGAAAAACAAAAUUUAAAUUCAAAUAUAAUAAUAAUAUUGUGA